GUCGGGUCCCUGGUAUGGAUUCCACGACCGAUCCAUGGCUUCGCUGCGAUCUUUGGUGCUCAAGCUGAGCGACUUGGGGUAGGGAAGCUUUGUAAGAGACUAGCUCGGUGAAAGGUCCUUUGUCCUUGGCAGCAUGUCUGAGGUAGAGGAGACCCUGAAUCGCAUCAAGACGCACAAAGGAGUUUCAGGCAUCGUCAUUGUGAACAGCGACGGCGUGCCGAUGCGAUCGACGCUGGAUAGUAAGCAGACGCUCCAGUACUCCGCUUUGAUCUCGCAGCUGGCCGCGAAGGCCCGAAGUGUGGUUCGGGAACUGGACCCACAGAAUGACCUCACCUUCUUGAGGAUUCGGUCCAAGAAGCACGAAAUCAUGGUGGCUCCGGAUCGAGAGUACAUCCUCAUUGUCAUCCAAGAUCCAAAUGCUGACCAGGGAAGCUAGCUGAUCAUUGUGGCACCCGACGAGUGCCGAGGAGCUUCCGAUUUGGCCAAGCGUCUCCAGACUCUGUGGGGUUUGCCGGGCUUGGCGACCAAAAGAGAGCCGCCUUAAAAAAGGACUCUGUCAGGUGCCCCGUUUCACCGAAUUCGCGCGCGUGCAUCGUGA